AUGGCGUCGAUUCCCUGUUCGAUCGUCAUCGACUUCCCCUCCUCAUCCUCCGGGAAGGUGGCGCCGGUGAGCUACCACUCUGUUUCUUCGUCUUCGUCCUCGUCUUCUUCUCGGUCGGUGUUGUCCCUGUCCGGGAGAUUGUCCUCCCGGUUCCUGGGGUUGAGGAAGAGGCUGGGGAGCCUGGGGGCCUCCUCGGGGCUGAGAGCGAAGCUGGGCCCUGGCGCCGCCCCUGGCGGCGGCGCCAGGUGCUGGUUCAAGUUCGGCAGCAGUGGUGUGGACGCCGAGGGUGCCGGGAUAUACGGUAGCCAGUCCCGGGAUGACUUCGACCGCGACGACGUCGAGCAGGUCGGCCCUCUUUUUGCCUCUCUCUCUCUAUCUCUUUCUCUCCUGUGAGCAUUAUCUUAUCCUGGGGAAUUGCAGUUUCCCCGGUUUAUUUGUUUUAUUUUUUUAUUGUUCUUCUGAGUGCUUCAAAUGUAGAUUUUAUUCUUUCUUUCAUCCUCGCCGAUCAUCUUAUUUUUCGUUUUGGUUGUUGGAAAAUGGAGCCUUCACGGUGAUUAUUCCUUGGAUUUUCAUUCUUUUUCUUUUGGGCUUUUCAGACAGAUCUCUCUCUCUCUCUCUCUCUCUCUCUCUCUCUCUCUCUCUCUCUCUCUCUCUCUCUCACUCUCACUCUCUCAUCUAUGUUUCGAGGAUUUAUGAAAUAUUAAAUCUUCAACAGAUAGAAUUCCGAGGGUCUCCCAAAGUGAGCUACUUAGCUGCCGCCCAUGGAGGUUUUGAUUUUGGUUUAUUAUUUUAAAUGUAUCUCCGCUUACAGAAAUUAGAUAAUCCCAUGAAAACCACCCAAUUAGAGCGACCCAUUUAAUGUAAUAGAAUUAAAAUUUUCAAGCCUGGAGAAUCUUACCCAACACAGUACAUUGGAUAAUACCAUCCACCUGGAUAUUCAAUGAAAAUAACUCUUAUGAAUAAAAGGAAAAAUGACUUAUUUGUUCAUAAUUUUCCGAUGGGCAUUGCGAAUGAAGAAUUUUGCAGAAGACUUUGGCUUAUAAUUCUCCGAUGGAAACUAGCCAAUUUGGGAACAUUCCGCGGGAUGCAAUAAAUAAUUAGAGCAUGAUUAGAACUUUCCGGCAAUUGCGAGCAGUAGCUCAAGGUACGUGUGAACCACUUUGGUCGAAGAUCAUCCUAGCAGGCACUGAUAUAUCUAUCUAUUGCACCAUCAUCCUCUUUCUUUUCAGAUUUUACCUUUGGAUCUAUUGGAAUACUUGCUGGUUUGCAUGUGUUCUUGCAUGUUUCUCAAAGAUGCUCAUCCUCCCUAAUGCUUUGUUCUCAAACUCCUUAACCAAGCAUUAGAUAUAUGGUGUGAUCGCUUUGACCGUCUGUACCAUGAGAUCAAAUCUGUCAAAUUGUGCCCGAGGUGAUUGCUUAAGUUCAUAUGACGAGCUGCCAAAUUCUUUCCAUAAUCUGAUGGGAUGCCCAUAUAGGUUUCUUCCUCUAAUUCGCCUACCAUCCAUAAUUAGUUGCUAAUGAGAGUAAAAUUAUGACAGCAUUAUCUUUGCGAUUGGGGCAAAAAUUCUCCGAUUUAUCAAAAUAUCAUAGGUUUGAGUGAGUAUAGUCCUUGACUGCCAACCUAGCCUUGUAUCUCCCUAUAGAUCCGUCAACUCUAUGAUUCACUAGACUCAUUUCCUGUCGGCAGCCUUACUAAUUCUCAUGUUUUGUUCUUCUCUGAUGCCUCCAUCUCCUCAUUCAUAACUUGUUUCCAUUCAUUAGACAAAAUUUCUUUGAUGGAGGGUGAUAACACAUACCCUUUUUGAUGGGUUGUAAGAUAUCUCACAAAGAGACAAGCUAACACACUGUGAUCUCAUUUCCCUUUUUGCGGAAGUUAGAUCAUCCAAUCAGAGACCAACCCAUUUAAUUCAUGAUUUGCGUUUGAGACGCAACCCACUCGUGAUUCAGCUGCAUUGGUGGUCGAGAUCCAUGAACUCUCUCAUGUUUUUUCAAUCCGUUUGAGUUAUUAGUUGGUUUAAUUAGUUUCCAAUAUUUUCUUUCAUAAUUGUCCCAUACCCCGGAUGAUUUGGGGCCGCACUUCAUUCCCUGUAGAUUGGUUGGAUUCGUUAGAUUUGUUUUGUGCUCUGAGUCUGAUCAGAUGAGGAUAUUCUUUCCGAUUAUUUGUUGGUGGAAUGAAUCCCAUACUGGAUGAAAUGCGCAAAUCCUCGUCAGUCUCGUCCCAUUUUUCGUGUUGCACGAGUAAUCUGAUACCGGAAUCUGGGCAGUACUUCAACUACAUGGGGAUGCUGGCGGUGGAGGGCUCCUACGACAAGAUGGAGGCCCUGCUGAGCCAAGACAUCCACCCGGUGGACGUGCUGCUGUUGAUGGCGGCCUCGGAGGGCGACAAGCCGAAGAUCGAGGAGUUGAUGAAGGCCGGCGCCCGCUUCGACGUCAGGGACAGCAACGGCCAGACGGCCCUCGAGAGGGCCUCCGGCGACGACAUCCGGGAGUUCAUCCUCAGCUUCGCCGCCACCAACAAGGUCUAA